CCGGCCGUUACUUGGACUUUUUCGGGAACAUACCGAGCGGUUGAAGCAAUUGGAGCUGUCGCGGUCGGCUACACACACACCUUUACAUGGCAGUGCAAGCUUGCAGAAGCUCUCGCUAGCCACGCAGAUCCAUGCGACAUCGGACCCCGGGGCUGGGGAUUCACCGUGUUUACCACCCUAAACGUCAGGAGUAACAGUUCAUGUCGACGGAGGCUGUGGCGAUACGCCGGGCUCUCUCAUGCGGGCGCCUGUGCCGGAGUGUGACUGGAAUACGGAGACGCUCUCCACGAUCUUUUUGUACCACAUGUCCUCGCUCUAGGCGACGUCUCCAAACCUGCCACGGGAUGAGUAUAAAGGACGCGAUAAUCUGUGGAUGAAGUCACCUACAUCGAGUCGAGGCCAGCUCUUUUGAGUACCUCUCUCUCUUUACCCAAGCCCACUUUUCGCAUUUCUUUCUUCACGGCGCAUUCUCCCUCUUAUUACACGCGCAUUCUCUCUGUCUUUCUCUCUGCGCGCGCACUUUCUCGAUGGCUUUCAGCAAAACUUUGACCGUUCUCACUGUCGCUGCCGUUGCGGCGGCUAAAAGUGCCAUGGUGCUGCACGAUAGCCUGGCCACUGUUCCUGCUGGUUUCGUCAGCCACGGUCCGGCUCCAGCGACCCACGAGCUGGAACUGCGAUUCGGUCUUGCGGGCAACGACGUCAAGGGGCUGCAGGCCAAGCUGAUGGAGGUCUCGACACCUGGAAGCGCCAACUUCCGUCAGUGGCUCUCGAAGGAGGAGGUCAAGACUUAUAUGGCGCCUUCGUCGGCGACCUUGUCGGCUUUCAACUCCUUCGCGUCCGCCCAUGGGUUGAACACGACCAAGGUUUCACCUUACGGAGAGUGGAUCACCGCCACGGUCCCUGUGGCCAAGGCCAACGAGAUGUUCGAUGCCAACUUCGAGCUGUUCUCGCACCCCGACCUAGAUGGCAAGAUCGCGCGCACGAUGUCCGUUUCUCUCCCAAGCGAGAUGGUGGGCGUCGUGAACGUGGUCCAUCCCUCGACGGCCUUCGCGCCGCCCCCGUUCAAAAACGCGCCGUCGCUGAUCCAGAUCCCGGUGCCCAAGCUCAAGCGCGGCAUCGCUGCAUCGUGCAACACCAGCGAACCGAAUGGAGUGACGACCCCCGCAUGCUUGCAGGCAGUGCACGGCAUCCCGGCUACCCCGGCCACUCAAGCCAACAACUCGCUACUGGUGACGGGGUAUGUCACCCAGCAUGCGCAGAAAGCCGAUUUGCAGCCUGAGUCGGUCGAUGGCGGAGACAACCCGCAGGGGCCUGACUUGGCUGGCUUCGAGGCGAGCUUGGACAUCCAAUACACCGUCGGUGUAGCGACUGGCGUGCCCACGAUUUUCCUCUCGAAUGGCAACGACACGGACAUCUUCGGCGCUUUCAUCCACACGGCGACCUACCUGCAAGGCGUCAGCAAUCCCCCGUCGGUCAUGACCACUUCGUACACCUUGGACGAACCGACCGUCGAUCCUGCGGUUGCCAACGCUAUCUGCGAUGCCUACAUGGCACUGGCCGCCCGGGGCGUCUCCGUCAUUUUUGCCGCGGGAGACGGCGGAGUGCAUGGUGGUCACGACGAUUCGAGUGUCUGCGACAAUGAGGCACUGACCCCGGCGUUUCCCUCGACCUGUCCAUUCCUGACUGCCGUCGGUUCGACAUUCGGCAUCCCGGAGAGAGCCGCCAACUUCUCGAGCGGCGGGUUCUCCAACAUCUUCCCGGCGCCGGCGUACCAGACCGCCCAGAUUGCUUCCUUCCUUAAGACCGUCCCGUCUGACUUCAACGCCAUGUUCAACCUCACCGGGCGUGGGUUCCCCGACGUCUCCACCCAAGGCUGGAACUUCCAGAUCAUCAACAACGGCAUCACCACUCUAGAGAGCGGCACGAGCGCGUCGGCACCGACAUUCGCAUCUAUCAUCGCACUGAUCAACGACCGGCUCAUCGCUGCGGGCAAACCCGUGCUUGGCUUCUUGAACCCGUUCCUGUACGCCAAUCCGGGCGCGUUCAACGAUGUCACCGCGGGACAUAACUCGGGCGCCGUGUGCCCUGAAUCUGGCGUCGGUUUCGACGCUACGACCGGCUGGGAUCCCCUCACGGGAUUGGGGACCCCCAACUUUACGAGCCUCCUUGCCGCGGCGAUGGCUUGAGGAAUAGCCGUCCAGGGUUGAGCUACGAAGGUGUAACUGACUUGAUCGAUCUUUACUCAUACAAGCUUAAUUUUAAUGAAGUGUUCACUGGCUGGAUUACCCAUUUCUGGUGUUGAGUCUGGACCUACUGUAUGUCCUUGUCAACGCUAGCUUACUGCUCUCCACCCUCGGACUUUCGCCAAGAGUGUUCCGCGUGGAUGGGAUGUGAAAUCCACGCAUUGUGUGCUGUUCAGCUACCGCGCAUCGCAGCGCUCCUUUUUUUCUCCGUUCGACAUGCGAAAUCGGCUGUAUCCCAGGGCCGAUUCUCAACAGCGCUGGAUCCUUACGUCUUUCGGAUUUGCGCAGACCAGCAGAGGGUUCAGACAAAUGUGUUUGCAGAAACGACUCAUGGACAGUGAC